AUGGCGGGCACUGAAGACAAUGAAGGACUACUAGGCUUCCAAGAAUCCAUCCUGAAAGAGCUGAACGAGAAGGAUGGCCUGCUGAUCCUUGCUCGUGGACUGGGUCUCCGGACGAUCGUCUCGAGUUUCUUGAAAACCCAUUGUGCUCGUUCUCAUAGUCAUAAUCGUCCCUCUCUGGUCUUUGUCAUCAAUGCUACUGCCGACGAUGAGACCGGUAUCAAUGAUCAUCUCGGGAUGCGCAUGGCUUGUAUAGGACACGAAAUUGCUGCUUUGGAACGAGAACGGAUCUUUAAACUGGGUGGCGUCCUCUCUAUCACUUCAAGAAUUUUGAUCGUCGAUAUGCUCAACUCCAAAGUCGACAUCUCUCAAAUUACUGGAGUUGUCAUCCUUCAUGCUGAGCAGGUUUCGACGACUUCAAUCGAAGCUUUCAUUCUUCGCGUCUUUCGAAAAUCUAACACUAAAGGAUUCAUCAAAGCGUUCUCAGAAGAGCCCGAACAUUUUACUUUUGGAUUUUCACCACUGCAGACCGUUUUGAGUCAACUGAAGCUUCGGAACGUUUUCCUAUGGCCAAGCUGCACUCGUCGCUCCUGUCAGUUGGAAGUCGACGAUCUCACUAUUGACAAUGCUCUUCAUCGGUCCUUCGAUCAAAUCAUCCGCAACCAAUUGAACCCUAUCUGGCAUCGGGUUAGUUUCAAGACAAAACAACUGGUAUCGGAUUUAAAAACGCUUCGACAGCUGUUAUCUUAUCUACUUGCUUUCGAUUGUAUAACUUUUUACCGGUUUCUAGAAACAAUCCUGGUUGCUAAUUCUCCAAAGGAAACAGCAGCUGGUCCACCACAAAACGAAAGCCCGUGGCUCUUUACUAGCGCUGCAGACACGAUUUUUUCGGUAGCCAAGAACAGGGUCUACCUCAAGACCCAGGAUCCCCAGAAGCAGGCCGCGGGGACAGACUCAAAUGAGAUAUCACUCUUGGCCGAUGGACCAACUGCGGAGGAAGAGGAGGCUAUGAGAGAAAUCGAAGAGAUUCCUUACCACGCUGCCGAGAGGGCUGGUAAGAAUGUUCCGGACUCCAAGUUUGCUUCGGAGACUUGGGGCUGGUUACCACAAGGCAUUGAGCCUGUCCUGGAAAAUCAGCCCAAGUGGCAGCUAUUGAAAGACGUACUCAAAGAAAUUGAAGAAAACUUGUACCAGGCGGCCGAAGAUGGAAUAGUCGCCUCAGAUGAGUCGAAUGCAGUCUUGAUAAUGUGCUCUUCGGCAUCAACUUGUUCGGUCCUUAAAGAAUAUCUUGCCACUCAACAUACUCCAUCAGAUCCUAAAUACGGAACUCGACCGAUGAUGAAGCGGAGACUGGGGGAUUAUUUUUUUUGGAAGAGGACGGUCGGCCAGAUGUCUCGCAAUCUCCAGCAGGGCUCAUCGGGCCCGAGUUCGAAAUCGACUGCUGCUGAUGAUCAAACAUUGAAUGCUGCACUGAAGCGAAAGACCGAGUACCAACGAAAGGCGUCGUAUCUGAACAAGAGACGGAGAGUCAGAGGAGCCUCCAAUGCCGCCAACUCGGGUAAUUCGAGAGAUAAUCCUGUGGAUCUGAGCAAACCUAACGACCCAGAAACUGUCGAGAAAGAGGCAAUCGAGGUGGCAGAUCUGUUCGAUUCGAUGACGAGUGCAACCACUUUCCAAAACGAGUCAACUGUAACAGACGAAGUGACCGAAGUUUUAACAACAGACGACUUCGACGCCGCGGAUUUCGUGGCCCAUUUUGACAUGUUAUCGAUGAAUGAUUUGGUCGUCAUCCAAGUCUAUCUGGGUGAUGAAGACGAUAGCGUCUUGGAGGAGCUCAGACCUCGUCACGUGAUUAUGUAUGAACCCGAUGUUGGUUUUAUCAGACGAGUUGAAUGUUUCCGCCUUAGACAUCCCGAAUUGAAUGUCAAACCUUACUUCCUAAUGUACAGCGAAUCAGUCGAAGAACAAAGAUAUCUUUCGAAUAUCCGACGAGAGAAAGAAUCCUUUGAGCGACUGAUUAGAGAGAAUUCAACGAUGGUUAUUCCUAUUGAAGCUGAAGCAAGACCCGGAGAUCUUAGUCAAGAAGAAUUAGUUCAAGCGAUUUCCUCGAGGCAAGCCGGAGGCAAGGCGCUCAAAGUUGGAAUGCCAAAGGUUAUUGUGGACGUUCGUGAAUUUCGGUCGUCUUUACCCUCGUUAUUGCAUGCGGCAAAUUUCAUGAUUGAGCCGACUACACUCUUGAUUGGUGAUUACAUAUUGUCACCUGAGAUGUGUGUUGAAAGAAAAAGCAUUGCCGAUUUGAUUCAGAGUUUCAACUCUGGAAGAUUGUAUCAACAAUGUGAAAUGAUGUCAGCUCAUUAUAAAAUACCGAUUUUGUUAAUCGAAUUCGAUGAAAAGAAGUCCUUCACGCUCGAGACUUACAAGGAAACUAGAGGAAACAAGACGAAUACGAACACGGCAGCGCCAUCAGAUUCAGAUUUACAGGCCAAACUCGUCUUGCUAACCUUGACGUUUAAGAAGUUGAGAUUGAUUUGGUCGUCAUCGCCAUCCGCAACAGCCGAUAUCUUCAGAGACUUGAAGCUAACUCAUCCGGAACCGGAUGCCGAGACGGCUAGUCUGAUUGGAAUGGAUGACAUCUCCGUGGGCGAAAAGGGGAAACUAGAUUUGAUGGCGAUCAACAGAAACCAGCAGAAUCAGAACUUCGGGAUCUGUAGUUCUGCCCAUGAGGUUUUGAAGGUUUUACCCGGAAUGGAUGAGCUUAAAGCCAGGAAACUGAUCUAUGGCAUCGUCAAUACUACUAGCAUUGACACAACUGCAUCAACAUCGUCAAGCACUUCGAUCGAUGCUGCUUCCGCUUCUUCCUCGAUCUUCCAAGUGAAGAACUUGCACGAUUUGUGUCAGUUAUCUGAGCGAGAUCUCAAGAACUUGUUCGGUCCUCAAUCAGGCUCUAGGUUGUUCCGUUUUAUUCAUGACGAAGUCGAUCAACGAUAA